AACAUUUUUCUUGAAUGACUGAGUUUGUCUACAAUUAGCGUUGGUUCGAAUUUUGCUAGGGGUUGGCAAUUGGCACGGCACUCGACGGUCAGGCCGGGCAAGCGGCAGUGCACAAUGUUAAGGUGCCGGGCACCUCUACUCUUCUUUCUCAGGAAGAUCCCGCCAUCACGCCCCUCACUAAACCCUAACCCUAAUCCCAAUUUUCUGCUCCAAUUGGGCCCCUCGAGCUGUAUUCCAGCCUCAAAUUCUUCUCCCCACCGUCGUCGCCUUAACAUUUACUCCUUCAAUUACAGCUCCCAAUCACAAGCAAUGACGGUCUCAAGCUGCAGCCCCGUUUCUGUCACUUCUCGCCCGGUUCCCAUUUCCGCCGCAGCCGACUCCGACGACCAGCCAAACCCACAUUCCACUCUCGUGGUCGUGUCCUUUUAUCGCUUUGCUGAUUUCCCUGACCACGCCAAUUUGCGGAAGCCAUUGAAGGAGCUAUGUGAGGAACUGCGUGUUUCAGGUGGUAUUAUUCUUGCACCGGAAGGAAUCAAUGGGAGCAUAUGUGGGACUAAAGAUUCCGUUGAAAAAGUUCUUGCAUUUAUCGAGAGUGAUUCCCGGCUAAAGGGGCUUAGGAAAAUAGAGUCACCUGUUGGUCCAGAGGAGGAAGCUAUCCAUCAUGGUCACACCAGCAGCUCUCCCCUUGCUGCAGGAGAAGAUGCACCUUUUCGGUGGGAUCAUGUCAGGGUGAAGCUGAAGAAAGAGAUUGUCACUCUUGGGAUGCCAGCUGUGUCACCCAUUGAAAAGUUUGGGAAGUACGUGAAGCCAAGGGAAUGGAAUGCAUUGAUUAGCGAUCCAGAUACAGUGGUAUUUGAUGUGAGAAACACCUAUGAAACAAGAAUAGGGAAAUUCAAAGGAGCAGUUGAUCCCCGUACCACAGCAUUUCGGGACUUCCCUUCUUGGGUGGGUGAUCAGUUUGAACUUCCCGAAGUAGACAACUUGAAGCAGCGACGAGAUGACAGCUCUGAGUUGAAAACCGAGAGCCCAGAGAGUAAAAAGCCUCCACGAGUUGCUAUGUACUGCACCGGUGGGAUUCGGUGUGAGAAAGCUUCAAGCUUUCUCCUCCAGAAAGGUUUUGAAGAGGUUUAUCAUUUGGAAGGAGGAAUCUUGAAGUACCUCGAGGAGGUUCCACAACCAGAGAGCCUGUGGGAGGGUGAAUGUUUUGUCUUCGACAAGCGAGUAUCUGUUGAGCACGGUUUGGUACCGGGGACAUUUAAGCUCUGUUAUGGAUGUAAACAACCAGUCAGUGAUGCAGACAUGGAAACACCAGAGUGGGAACAUGGAGUUACUUGUCCCUACUGUUACUCGUCGAAAUCUGAAGAAGAGAAAGAGAGGGCUCGAGCACGAAAAAGGCAGUUUGAUGCCUGUGGCAUUCUUGGUGGUCCUGAUAAGGGUCGACGGCCCACAUCCAAGGAAGAGGUGAGCGCCAAGAAGAAAUCUGACAAUCUUUCCACUUCAGUGUAAGAAACUAAAGCUGUAUUUGUUUACAGCUAAACAUGAUCGUCCUAAUUUAGCAAUUUGUAGCUUCUGAUGAAAGGAAAGCUUUAGCAAAGAUGCCAUUAAUCCUGUAGUCACAUGAGAAGGUUCUUCUUUGAGGAGUGAUCUAAGUGCACGGAUCCUUGUGUUAGUGCAUUCAGUGUUAUUGGAGAGAUUUUUGCUAUUCACCUAUGUAGUUUAGGGAGGGUGACUUGAAAGUUGAAACAAUAGAAAGAAGAAGGUUGGCUUGAUCAUGGGGUUGCCUUCUUGAUUUGUUUCUGUUUCUUCUUAGAUGUUUUGAUUUUCUUGAAUUUGUAAGGUUGAUUGUUCAUGUCG